AUGCCUGAGAUUAAAGUUACGCCUUUGGGUGCUGGUCAAGAUGUAGGAAGAAGUUGCAUUCUACUAACAAUUGGCGGUAAAAAUGUCAUGCUCGAUUGUGGAAUGCACAUGGGCUACAAUGACGAACGUCGCUUUCCUGAUUUCUCUUACAUCGUUCCUGAAGACAUGAGAAAAGUUGCCGUCGAACGUAAAGGAGAAUCAAAUUUCUUCACAACUCAAAUGAUCAAAGAUUGCAUGAAGAAAGUCACUGCCGUAACUCUUCACCAGUCUGUAAUGGUUGAUAGUGAAAUGGAGAUUAAAGCUUAUUAUGCUGGUCAUGUUCUUGGUGCUGCAAUGUUUUGGAUAAAAGUUGGAAAUCAAUCAGUUGUUUACACUGGCGACUACAACAUGACAGCUGAUCGUCAUUUGGGCGCUGCAUGGAUUGACAAAUGUAAACCAGAUCUACUCAUCACUGAAUCUACUUACGCAACCACAAUCAGAGAUUCCAAAAGAUGUCGCGAAACAGAUUUCCUCAAGAAAGUUCACGAAUGUGUUGCUCGAGGUGGUAAAGUUCUCAUUCCUGUCUUUGCUUUGGGAAGAGCACAAGAACUUUGCAUUCUACUUGAAACAUAUUGGGAACGAAUGAAUCUUAAAUAUCCAAUUUACUUCGCUUUAGGAUUGACGGAGAAAGCAAAUAAUUAUUACAAAAUGUUUAUCACAUGGACAAAUCAAAAGAUAAGAAAAACCUUCAUUCAUCGUAAUAUGUUUGACUUUAAGCAUAUUAAGCCAUUUGAUCGUGGAUAUAUUGAUAAUCCUGGUAGUAUGGUUGUAUUUGCGACACCAGGAAUGUUGCAUGCUGGAUUAUCAUUACAAAUUUUCAAGAAAUGGGCGCCGAAUGAGAAUAACAUGUUGGUAAUGCCAGGAUAUUGCGUACAAGGAACUGUCGGUCAUAAAGUUUUAGGUGGUGCUAAAAAAGUUGAAUUUGAGAAUCGUCAAGUAGUUGAAGUGAAAAUGGCUGUUGAAUACAUGAGUUUUAGUGCACAUGCUGAUGCAAAAGGAAUCAUGCAAUUGAUACAGAAUUGUGAGCCACGCAAUGUUCUUUUAGUUCAUGGUGAAGCCGCAAAAAUGGAAUUUUUGAAAGAGAAAAUUCGUGAUGAGUUUAAGAUUGAUUGUUACUUUCCAGCUAAUGGUGAGACUCAAGUAAUUAGUACACCAUUGAAGAUCCCUGUUGACUGCUCACUUCAACUUCUUAAAAAUGAAGCAAAAAUUUACAAUGCACAACCACCUGAUCCGAAACGUCGACGAUUUUUACAUGGCAUUCUAGUGAUGAAGGAAGGAAAACUCACACUCAUGGAUGUCACGGAUGUAUUUAAAGAAUUUAAUGGAAUAAAUCGUCAUGUCAUGAAAUUCUCAUCUUAUAUCAAAGUUGAAAAUUCAUCAUCGUCACUUCAGAUACUCGAACAACUUCAUUUGCUUCUGAAAGAGAAGCUGAGUGUUUGGGAAGUUAAACUGGUUGACAGUCAAAGCGUAGCUGUUGAGAGUGUUAACGUUAAACUUGAAGAAGAGAACAGUGAGCGGAGAAUUUGCGUGUCUUGGGCUAAUCCGGAUGAAGAUUUAGCAUGCUUUCUGACAGAUUCUUUAAUGGCUGGCAGUAUUCAUGGAAUAAAGAGAUCAAAAUGUGAACACAUAAAUUCAUCACAGAAUCGAGAAAGUAUUGAACCAAAUAUAUUUCAAAAGCGGUUGAAUCUGCUAAGAAACGAAAUGGAGAUUCGCACAUUAAUUGACGCAUACAUUGUCACAAAUUAUGAUGAACAUCAAGCAUAUCAGUCAGAUGAUGUUGACAGCAGAUUAACUUUUAUUUCAGGAUUUAGUGGGCCUAUUGGAGAUGUAGUGAUAACAUUACGAUCAGCCGCAUUAUGGACAGACGCCAAAUAUUUGGAGUUGGCUGAUCAAGAACUUAAUUGUGAGUGGAAGAUUUUCAUAAUGGGAGAAAAUCCAACAAUAGCUGAAUGGCUUGCGAAACAAAUUCCGACUGAUGCAUCAGUUGGUGUUGAUCCCGCAACGACACCACAUCAUUUAUGGAAUGAAUGGGAUCGAGAAUUAAGUCGAGAGUUUUUCAAGAUUACGAAAGUUAAGAAUUUAAUUGAUUUUAUGUGGGGAUCUGAAAGAAUAUCUCCACGUAACUUCAGUAUCAGAACACUUAAUUCAACAUUCACUGGAAGUUCAUGGCAAAAUAAAACAGAAACAUUGAAGGGACAUUUGCGAGAACAUCGGUGUGAUGCUAUGAUUGUCUCUUCGCUUACAGAAAUUGCAUAUUUAUUAAAUCUUCGUGGAAAAGAUUAUCGCUACGUGCCUGUCUUCAAAGCUUAUCUGAUUGUGACACAUGAAAAAAUUAUUCUCUACACCAACAUUUCAAGAGUACCACUCGAAGCUGAACUUAUGCUUAAAUUCGACUUCAGAACUAAUUCAUGUUAUCAAUCGGAAUGUGUCAUAAUAAAUAACCAAUUUUUGCUUAAUGAAGAUUUAAAGUUUAUAAAUUUUAAUUUACAUAAUUUCUAUCCCUUUCAACUUAUCAGAAUAAAAAAUUAUGACGAAUUUUGGCAUGAUUUGAGAGCCCUUUCUCAUAGAUGGAAGCGUGUGUUGUUACCAACUAUGAAUGUUUUUGACAUGGGGACGUCUGAAGCGGUUUAUUCAAUGUUCAAUAAAGAGAAUAUUUUGGAGAAACCAUCACCAAUUAUUUAUAUGCGUGCUCAGAAGAACGAAGUUGAACGUAUUGGAAUGAGAUCAGCUCAUCUACGUGACGCCGUUGCUAUGUGUGACGCUUUAAGUUAUAUGGAUGAACGAUAUUUAUCGGGUGAUCGUUGGAAAGAAUAUAAACUUGCAAUAGAAAUUGAUAGAGCUCGAUACGAACAAUCAAAAGUUGAGGGUUUAGCGUUUAAAACAAUUGCAGCCUUUGGUAAAAAUGCAGCCAAGCCCUAUUACGAUACAAAGAAUGAAAGUGAAACAAUAAUAAAUGAUGAAAAUUUUUUUCUGAUUGAUUCUGGCGGGCAAUAUCUUGAUGGUACCACGAGCAUUGCACGAACACUUCAUCUUGGAGAGCCAACAACGGAACAAAAAAAAGCAUACACAAGCGUUUUAACUGGAUUGAUUCGUUUAUCAAUGCUCGUAUUUCCCGAUAAUCUCAGACCCGCAGAUAUUGACACGUUAAUCAGAGGCCCAUUGUGGAGUUCAAGACAUGACUAUGAACAUUUGUCUGGUCAUGGUAUUGGGUCAUAUCUAAGUGUCGAAGAAUCUCCCAUUAAUAUUGCUUAUACGACUAAGCAUAAAUAUGUCUUCAAAGAAGGAUAUUUCUUUACUGUAGCUCCAGGAUAUUAUAAAGCUAACGAUUAUGGAAUUCGUUUAAAGAAUGUAUUCGAAGUCAUUGAUACACAUGACAAGCAUUUUACGGGCGCAAAGUUCUUAACUUUACAAGUUACGACGUUAGUUCCAUUUGAAAGCAAACUCAUUGACAAAACACUUCUCAGUCUUCAAGAGAAAAAAUGGUUAAAUAAUUAUAAUGCCCAAAUAAGGGAAACAGUUGGUGCUGAACUUAAACGACAAUUGAAAAUGCAAGCGUUUUACUGGUGUGCAAACACAUUUAUGAAGUCACGAGAUUCUCAACCAUCCCCUGGCUUAGCUCAAGAGUCUACAAUCACUCACAUUUCACAACCACAAACAAAGAAUCCUGGUGAAAGCGUAACAUUUAAUUGUUCCGUCGUAAAACCUAAGGAUAUUAACGUUUCAUGGUUGAAAGAUGGAACGACGUUGACUUUGGGAAAUAUUGCAGUGUAUCCUCGUUAUCGGAUAAUUACCGAUGAGUCAUCGAACAUGUUCAGUUUACAAAUUGAAAAUCUUACUGCAUCUGAUACUGGAAAGUAUAGAUGUCAAAUUAAUUUUGAUUUGGGAAAAACAGUUUCAAAAGAAGUUGACUUGCAAGUCACUCGACCUGCAGUUAUUUUGGAUAUCACAGAAACUAAUGUUAAAGUUUCCGAAGGUCAACCAGCUACUUUAUUAUGCAAGGCUGAUGGAUUCCCUAAACCUGAGAUUAGUUGGAAGCGUGACAAUGAAGAAAUUAUGUUUUCGAAAGGAAACAAUUACAGUGGAGCCAAUUUAACCAUUUUACAAGUAAAAAAGGAAGAUCGUGGAAGAUAUAUUUGCAUAGCAAAUAAUGGAAUUGGUGAACCAGUCUCGAAAAGCGUUCUUCUUGAAGUUAGCUUUGGUCCAAUAAUGUCGGCAAAACGUCCUAAAAUUGGACAAAAGGAAGGAUACGAAGCGGAAUUAAUUUGCAAGGUCACUGCCUACCCUCCUGCCGCUGUUUCUUGGGUUCGAAAUGACAAGGAAAUAAACAAUAACGAACAUUAUGAAAUUUCAUAUUUGGGAGUUACAAAUGAAGAAACAAUUUCAACUUUAAGACUCAAAACUGUUGCUAGACAUCAUUUUGGCAAUUACAUUUGCAAAGCUAAGAAUGCAUUUGGAAAUGAUGAGACAACUUUAGAAUUGUUCGAACAAGAACUGCCGAAUGAAAUAUUUUCUCUGUUUAGAAAGUCGAAUGCUCAUCGAUUGAUUGCAUCACAUACAAUUAUUGGUUUCGUUCUCUUCACUUUGCUCUAUUAAUAUUUUUGGACACACACAACAAAUUCUGAAGAUCGAUAAGUUAAUAAAAGUAUUUUUCUAAGUAUCUAACUUUAGGUCAUGUUUAAAACACUGGAAAUAAUAAAAGCAAAAC